CAGGGAUUGGUGUCAUUUGAGGAUGUGGCUGUGGACUUCACCUGGGAGGAGUGGCAGGACCUGGUUGAUGCUCAGAGGACUUUGUACAGGGAUGUGAUGCUGGAGACCUACAGCAACCUAGUGUCAUUGGGACACUGCUUUACCAAACCUGAGGUGAUCUUCAAAUUGGAGCAAGGAGCAGAGCCAUGGAUGUUAGAAGAACCAAUCCAGAACCUCCCAGAUGUCCAGAUAGUUGAUGAACUAAUUGAGAGGAGUCAUGAAAGUCAUGAUAAACAUUUGUGGCAUGUUGAGCUCACCAACAGCAACACAUCAACUGAAGAGAGAGUUGAGUUGGGAAAAACAUUUAAUUUGAGCUCAACCUAUAUUUCAACUGGAAACUAUUCAAGAAUGAGGUCUGAGGAGUUUAAUGUGUGCCAAAACACACUUAUUUUUAGAGAGCCUGGUGAGAUGCAUGCUACAGAGAAAACUGAAGGCCAUACUUUAACUGGGAAAUUGUACAGACAUCAUGAACAUCUUAGUCAGCAUAGCAAGAUUCAAUCUGGGCAACAUCAUUUUGAACAGAGUGAACAAGAGAAAGCCUUCAACACAGAGCCAAUAAUAUUUACAGAUAAGAAGAUUCAUACAGUAGAGACAUCCUGUAAAUAUAAUCAACAUGGAAAAUUAUUGGAUGAGUUAGCUUUGAUUGCCCAAGAUAUAAGUCAGGUAUCUAGGAAAACGUUUCAAUGUAGUGUGUGUAGGAAAACAUUCUAUAUAAAGCAUAAACUCACUAAACAUGAAAAAAUACACACAGGAGAAAAACUCCAUAACUGUGAUUGUGAAAAACCUUUCAUUAAUAAGUCACAUCUUACUUCACGUAAGGGAACACAUACAGGGGAGAAGCCCUGUGUGUUUAGUGAAUGUGAUAAAAUUUUCUAUCAGAAGCCUGACUUUGCUAUACAUCAGAGAAUUCACAUAGCGGAAAAGUGUUAUGGGUGUAAUGAAUGUGGAAAAACCUUUCACCAAGAGUCACUCCUCAGCAGACAUGAGAUAAUUCACACAGGUGAGAAACCAUAUGAAUGUAAAGAAUGUUGGAAAUCUUUUUAUAGUAAAUCACACCUCACUGUCCAUUCACGAAUUCACACAGGUAAGAAAUCAUAUAGCUGUAAUGACUGUGGGAAGAUGUUUGACCAAAAGUCAGCCCUCGUUAGACAUGAACUAAUUCACACAGGUGAGAAAACAUAUGAAUGUAAACAAUGUAAGAAAAUAUUCUACAGUAAGUCACAGCUCAAUGUACAUCAGAGAAUUCAUACAAGGGAAAAGUCCUAUGGAUGUAAUGAAUGUGGAAAAAUCUUUCUCCAAAAGUCACACCUCAACAGGCAUGAGAGAAUUCACACAGGUGAGAAACCAUAUGAAUGUAAAGAAUGUAAGAAAUCUUUCUACUAUAAGUCUGCCCUCACUAUACAUCAGAAAAUUCAUACAGGUGAGAAGCCCUAUGAAUGUAAAGAAUGUUGGAAAUCUUUUUAUACUAAAUCAUACCUCAAUGUACAUCAGAGAAUUCACACAGGUAAGAAAUCAUAUGACUGCAAUGAUUGUGGGAAGAGGUUUUGCCAGAAGUCAGCCCUCAUUAGACAUCAGAGAAUUCACACAGGUGAGAAGCCAUAUGAAUGCAAAGAGUGUUGGAAAUCUUUUUACAGUAAAUCACACCUCAAUGUGCAUCAGAGAAUACACACAGGUGAGAAAUCAUAUGAAUGUAAUGACUGUGGGAAGAGGUUUUGGCAGAAGUCAGACCUUACCAGGCAUCAGAGAACUCAUACAGGUGAGAAACCGUAUGAAUGUAAAGAAUGUAGAAAAACUUUCUACAGUAAAUCAUACCUUAAUGUGCAUCAGAGAAUUCAUACAGGUGAGAAACCUUAUCAAUGUAAUGAAUGUGGAAAAAGCUUUAUCCUGAACUCACACUUCAAGAUUCACCAGCGUAUUCACACAGGGGAAAAGCCCUAUGCAUGUAAUGAGUGUGGGAAAACCUUUCACCAGAAGUCACACCUCAGCAGGCAUCAGAGAGUUCACACAAGUGAAAAAGCAUAUAAAUGUAAAGAAUGUAGGAAACAAUUCUACUGCAAAUCAGAGCUGGAGGUACAUCAGAAAAUUCACACAGGUGAGAAAUCAUAUGAAUGUAAUGACUGUGGGAAGAGGUUUUGUCAGAAGUCAGCCCUCAUUAAACAUGAGAGAAUUCACACAGGUGAGAAACCAUAUGGAUGUAAAGAAUGUAAUAAAAGUUUCUACAGUAAAUCCUGUCUCAGUGUACAUCACAGAAUUCACACAGCUGAGAAACCAUAUGAAUGUAAUGAAUGUGGAAAAACCUUUUGCCUGAAGUCACACUUCAGGAUUCAUCAGAGUACUCACACAGGUGAAAAAUCCUAUGAAUGUAAUGAGUGUGGAAAAACAUUUCACUGGAAGUCACACCUCAGCAGGCAUGAGAGCAUUCAUACAGGUGAGAAACCAUAUGAAUGUAAAGAAUGUGGGAAAACUUUCUACAGUAAAUCACACCUCAACAGGCAUCAGAGAAUUCACACUGGUGAGAAAUCAUAUGCAUUUAGAAAAAUGUUCUACUGUAAAUCAGACCUUGAUGUACAUCAGAUAACUCACACAGGUGUGAAAUUCCAUGAAUGUAGUGAAUGUAGAAAAACAUUUCAGCAGAAGUCUGACCUCACAAGACAUAAGAGAAUUCACACAGGGGAAAAACCCUAUGAGUGUAAUGAAUGUGGAAAAACCUUUUACCGGAAGUCAGAUCUCACUGUACAUCAGAGAACCCACACAGGUGAGAAACCAUAUGAUUGUAAAGAGUGUGGAAAAACUUUUAACCAAAAUUCAGACCUCACCAGACAUCAGAGAAUUCACACAGGUGAGAAACCAUACGAAUGUAACAAAUGUAGAAAAACUUUCCACCGUAAAUCAAACCUUAAUUCACAUCAGAGAAUUCAUACAGGUAAGAAACCAUUUGGAUGUAAUGACUGUGGGAAGAGGUUUUGCCAGAAUUCAGCCCUUGUUAGACAUGAGAGAAUUCACACAGGGGAGAAAACGUAUGAGGGUAAUGAAUGUGGAAAAACCUUUUCAGGAAGUCACACUGAAAGAUGUAUUAGAGAAUUCACACUAAUGGAGUCCCCAUAAAUGUGCAGGUGUCCCUCAAUAUCUACAGGAGAUUGGAUCCUGGAUCCCUCUCAGAUAGCAAAAUUUGCAGAUGCUUAAAUGCCUGUAUAGGGCCGGCCUGGUGGCGCACUGGAGAGUGUGCCACUUGGGAUCAUGGUGGCACUC